AUGAGCCACCAAGCAAAUCCUGUUCUUGACAUCAGUGCCAUUGGACAGGAUGUCUUAGAUGUAUUCUGUGACGUUGUGGCCAAGGAUGGGGCGAAGGAAAAUGAGGGCAUUCGAAUUGACAAUGAAAAACUCCAGCCUAUUCGUGAAAACCUGAUACACGCACAGCUCUUCAACAGCGGAGACAAGGUCGCUACGAUUAAUCUUGGAUCCUACGACGAUGAAGACCAGAAGUAUUAUGUUUACCAUGUUGAAGCGGAGGUUCCACAUGAGAAAAUGCGACAUUUUCUCUUACGCCUUAGCGGCGUAGACAUACCCGUCGACUUCUUUUCUGACACCCCGAAGAUAUCCAUUUCAGGGGAAACUAUACAUGCCAAAAUGGAGUGCCUCGACAUAGCUGUGCUUGAAGGGACACUUCAAAACCAACAUGGAUCAUUGGAAGUAGUGCAAGAGAUGAUUGAUACGAACCAAGCCGCUAUGUACUUCAGUUUUUUGGGGAUGGUAUCAGCGGACACUGGCUUACCGGUGAGGUUGAUGCCAUUCGGAAGCCAUGGUUGUUUUGCAGGCUCCAUAUUCAAACUGUCAUCCAUCAAGAUUAGCAAGCAUGUAGCUGGGAAAUCUUCUCUUCCAGCAUUGGCAAGGGGUUGA